AUGCCUUAUACAUUUAACUUACCUUCUUUCAUUCCUAUUUCUAAUUUAGACGAAUACGGACGAAACCUUUUGAGAAAGAGAGGAAACAGCAUAAUCGAUCAAUUAUUUCCUACUCAUUUCGGUGGUGGUCCGACAAAUGAUUUCGGAGAUCCCGGAUUACCGACGAGCGAUUACGGAAGACCUGGAAGACCCAUAAAUCAUUAUGGCGGUCCGAGUAGAUAUCCUUAUAAUGAUCCUUGGGAUCGAAGAGGAAGCGGUGGUGGUGGUGGUAGCAGCAUCCGUGGAAGUAUUGGAGGAGGUGGUGGUGGUGGUAGCAUACGAGGAGGAAGUAUGGGAAGUGGGGGUCGAAAUAGCACGAAAGGUUCAAUUUCAAGUUUACCCAAAUUUAAAGAAUCUGUCGGAUCUACGCAUAUGAUAUAUCGGGUAAGUCAUUUUAAAAAAUUUUCUUUUUAUGCAUGA